UUCAGCCACACUGAGUGUAAGAAUCUGGAUCUGUCCUGACUAGUUAGAGCUUCAUGGAAUGAAAUCAGCUUUAGCUACAAGUUAACUCAUAUGUCUCAAAUCCUAUUUUCUCAUGAGGAAAAGCAGUUCUCUACUACAGGGGAGGUUAUGGAUCCAAGUAUGGUGAAAAAUGUUUCGAAAAGGCAAAAAGCGACACAGUAGUAGCAGUUCCCAAAGUAGUGAAAUCAGUACUAAGAGCAAGUCUGUUGACUCUAGUCUUGGUGGACUUUCAAGAUCAAGUACUGUGGCUAGCCUAGAUACAGACUCUACAAAAAGCUCAGGGCAAAGCAACAGUAAUUCUGAUACCUGUGCUGAAUUUCGAAUAAAAUAUGUUGGUGCCAUUGAGAAACUGAAACUCGGUGAUGGAAAAAGUCUUGAAGGGCCACUGGAUCUAAUAAAUUACAUUGAUGUGGCACAGCAAGAUGGAAAGUUACCGUUUGUUCCUCUGGAGGAGGAGUUUAUUAUGGGAGUGUCUAAAUAUGGCAUUAAAGUAUCCACAUCUGAUCAAUACGAUGUUUUGCACAGACAUGCUCUGUAUUUAAUCAUCCGGAUGGUGUGUUAUGGAGGUCUAGGAGCAGGAAAAAGCUUACUGGCACUAAAGACCACAGAUGCAAGCUAUGAAGAAUAUAGUCUAUGGGUGUAUCAGUGUAACAGUCUGGAAACAAGCACAAGCUAUUUGCAAAGUUUAGCCACAGCUUUUGACUCUGUAUUAACAUCUGAGAAUCAUGAGUUCCUACUAGAGUGGAAGAGAAAUAACUUCAUUGAAGGAACCCAGCAUUCAGGAUGA